CAGAUCUCUCUUCAGGCUCAAUUUAACACUAUGCAUGGCAGACCCUGCUAACGUACGCCCAAUCGAUCAACCACCCAUUCCCUUGGAAGUUAAUAAUAAGACUCUGUCCUCUUCCUCCGAACAAAACAAUCCCUCUUCUCUCUCUAUACAACUCCCUCCUCCUCCUCCUCCUCAAACUCAACAAUCCAAAUCGCUACCACCCUCGCCGUCCGCCGCCAUUUCCUCGCCGUCCGGAAGCGGUGCCUCUGGAAAGCACCAAACAUACAGAGGCAUCCGACUGAGAAGUGGGAAAUGGGUUUCCGAGAUUCGGCAGCCACGCAUGACCAAGAGAAUAUGGCUUGGCACUUAUCCCACACCUGAGAUGGCCGCCGCCGCAUACGACGUCGCGGCACUGGCGCUCAAAGGAAACGAAGCCGUACUCAACUUUCCUGAAUCUCUUCGAUCCUACCCUGUUCCGGCUUCACCCUCGGCUAUUGAUAUACGCGCUGCAGCCUCCUUAGCGGCGGCAACUAGGCUUAUGAAACUGGAGGCGGCGGCGGCGGCGGUGGUGGCCGGCGAAGAAACCCUGCUCUUGAAGCCGGAUAUUGAUGACGUGGACGAGGCGAGGAAAGAGUUUAUUGAUGAAGAGGCGCUGCUGAAUAUGCCGAAAUUGCUGGAGGAUAUGGCAGAGGGAAUGCUGGUCAGCCCUCCCAGAAUGGAACAAACGCCGCCGCCGCAGCAGCAGCAGGAUAACUCAGGCGAAGAAACUGAUUUUUGGAGUUAUCCUUAACGACAAAAUAUGCAUAUUUUAUUUCAUUUAACCCAUAUAUACUAUAUAUAUUUUCCAAAUAAAAAAUAUAUAUAUAUAUAAUAUAUAUGGCUAGCAGCAUC